AGGACUACUACCGAAACUGGAUCUAACGCCACCAUCGGGCGUCAUUUUUCGAACGUAGUGCCCAAGCCUGCGGCCGUGGGUGCGGACGGCCAGAAGCACAUGGUGCAGCACAUCGCGCUCCUGAACGACAUACGCUUCUGGUGUCUGAUGGCCGUGGUGAUCAUCGUCAUCGCGGUUGCCGUGAUCAUGAUGGAGCUGCAGCUCAAAGAUGAGGAAGACUCUGCCGAGGAGAGCCGGCCGGCGCAGAAGCAGCCGCAGCCGCCGCAGGAGCCGCAGCCCGCCCCGGCGCCCGGCGGCGGCGGCCCGGCCGAGCCAGCGCAGGAGGGCGCGCAUCCGCUCAGGUGGGUGGCCAACCUGUUCUUCUGCGUCAUCGGGCUGAAUACCGCCAUGCUGUUCUGGGGGGUGGCCCAGGAGUACAUGAUGACGAGCACGUACAUCGGGCAGGACGGGAAGGCGGAGCGCAUCCCCAGUGCGCUGUGCCUCGUCAUGUUCAACAGGAUGUUGACAGUGUCGGUCACCGCGCUCAUCAUCGCUCUGAACCCGCGCUAUUCUUUCAGCUUUUCCGGGCGAUCGGCCUGCGGGCUGCCUGCCAUCUCCAAUCUCGUGGCGUCCUGGUGCCAGUACCAGAGCCUGGCCUACGUCUCCUUCCCGAUCCAGACCGCCGCGAAGUCGGCCAAGCUGCUGCCAGUGGUAGUCCUGGGCUCCCUGCGCGGCAAGAGGCAGACUGUGCUGGACUACGCCGAGGCCGUGCUCAUCGUGUUCGCGCUCGUCGUGUUCGGGUUCGAGACGGAAGAUAAUGUCAGCGCCAUGCAUGCACGGGGCUUCGGGGUCUUGUUGUUGUGUGGCCUGAUCGUCUUCGACUCGAUGACGCCACACCUGCAGGAUAGUCUCUUUAAGAAGAACCCUGAACUCAGUAUGAUACAGGCAACGUUUGCAAUGGGGUGCGUUUCGACCCUGGUCAGCAUGGUGACUCUUAUAGUCAGCGGCAAUGGGCUGAGAUCGAUGGUGUUUUUUUUCAACCACGGCGAGGCUGCAUUGCACGCAUUAGUAUUGUCGUUGUGUUCCACGCUGACGCAGUUCCUGAUAUCAUACACGAUCAAGAACUUCGGGCCAGUCACCUUCGCGCUCAUCUCCACGACGCGACAGCUUAUCUCUGUAUGCUUAUCGGCUGUUCUUUUCAUGCAUCAUAUCACCGUGCUUGCCUGGUGUGCAGCAGCGGUCGUGUUCGGUACUGUCGUGGGGCGUGCGAUGCGACCGAGGGAAACCGACGCUGGGGGCUUGGCAGAACCUAGCACCCGGCCCUCAGGCAGUCUGCCGCGGUCAUUGGUGGAGAAAUUGGCCCACCGCUCGAAAAACUACAAAUUGCUAGUGUGCACGCUAGGAAUCCAUUUGCCGCUGAUGUUCUAUUCUGUUGCGCAGGAGUUCAUGUAUACACACACAUUCCAUGGGCAGAUCUUCAGGUACCCCCUGGUCAUCAUCGUAUUCAAUCGCAUUGGGGCUUCGUUGCUGGCUGUACUUGUCCUCAAGCUACAGGGAAUUCAAGUUCUCGGUCCAGACAUGUGGGUGACAGUCCUCCCAGCCGCUGCGAACCUGGCAGCGACCUACUGCCAGUACCAGGCGCUCCUCUUCCUUCGCUUUCCAGUGCAGACGCUGCUGAAGUCUGCGAAGGUUGUGCCUGUCAUGUUGUGCGGGCGGCUGCUGAAGAAUCGGACCUACUCCUGGCUGGACUACGCCGAGGGGGUGCUCAUAACAGGGCUAGUGUGUGUCUUCACGUGGAGCUUCAACGCCGUUAAGGAGAACGUGUCCCCUGGGGACAGCAUAUUGCCAGGCCUUCUUCUGAUGGGCGGGUAUUUGCUGGCGGAUUCCGUCACGAGCAAUGCGGAGGACGCCAUCUACCAGCGCGUCAGGCUCGAUCCGGGACAGUUGUUGCUCGGCAUGCAGGCUUCGGCUGGCGUGGUGGGCUUCGUGUCUCUGCUGGCAUCGGGCCAGCUGCCGCCCGCUCUGAGCUUCCUGCUUGCCAACAGGCGGGCCGGGUUCCACAUGGUGGUGCUCUUGCUCGCGGAGGCAGGCGGGGCGUACGCCUGCACCGUCACCGUGAGGCUCUUCGGGCCAGCCGUGUUUACGCUGCUGCUGAUGUCCCACCAGCUAGUGAGCAUGAUCGUGUCGGUGGCGCUGUUCGGCCACAAGUUCGACUGGCUCAGCUGCCUCUGCCUCUCGGUCGUCACGCUGGUCAUCCUGACGUCGUCUCUGCGCCGGGUCGGUUCUGAGCGGCUGAAGGCCCGGCAGCCAGAGUCAUUGCUUGUCAAAUGAGACGACGCAGCACCUCGCAGCUCGGCGAAGAAGUCGCAACUCGCAACUUGCGAAAAGUCCAAGGCAAAAUCAGAGGCACCUCGCGGCUCGGCGAAGAAUUCGGGGAAUGUAUAGUGCGCACUCGCCAGAGAAAACUCCUCGUUCGCACCGACGACCCGGUGCCAGCACAUGGGCCCCAUGGAGCAGCUGCUGCCCGGAGAUUUCGUGCGGCAACUCGCGCGUUUGUGUGUGUGUGUGUGUGUGUGUGUGUGUGUGUGUGUGUGCGUGUGCGUGUGCGUGUGCGUGUGCGUGUGCGUGUG